AUGUUAGUUAUUAAUUAUUUUCUUGAUUAUUUUAUAUUUCCUCGUGAAGCAAAACAAUUUCCACAUAAAUUAGUUGCCUCUGUUUGGGAUUUAUCUUCAUCUUUACGAUCAGAUAUAAUCACUGAUUUUAGUGGAAUGAAUGAUACACAAUUAUUACUUCCUAUUCAUAUUCGACAGUAUGAUUUACCAGAAUUUCAAAAAACAGAUACAAUUGUUCUGAAUAAUUUAUUAAAAAGUGAAAAUGAAAAUUAUCAAAUUUUACCCAUUAAUGUAACAUCAGAAAAUAUUUUAAAACAAAUUGUAGAUUACCAAGAAACCGUCAACGUUAUUUUAGAUGCUGGAGCAUUAUUCAUCGAUGGAACCAAUCGAGAUAUUGCCAUUAAAUGGUUGAAACUAUUGGAUAAAAAUACAAUCGAUUAUGUUGUUUAUUUUGAUUCAGAUUCAAUU